GCCGGCCCGGGAGGGAGGGUGGAAGAGGAGCAGGCGGAAGAGCCGCCGCCGUGGGAGACAUGACCGGGCCCGCGGCUGCCCCCUAAGCGGUUCCUUGGUCCUGCGCCCGCCCGCCAUGAAGAGUCCCAAAGAGGAGGCGGAGCCGCCCGCAGGGGACCAAGUGCAGUUGAAAGUGCCAGUGCUUCAGCAGUGGUACCAUUGGGACUGUGGACUGGCCUGCUCCAGGAUGGUACUGCAAUACCUGAAUCUUCUGAAUGAUGAUGAAUUUCAGAAGGCCAUUCAGGAACUCCGUUUGACAAAAAGCAUCUGGACCAUUGACUUGGCCUACUUAAUGCGCCACUUUGGUGUGAAGCACAGAUUCUGCACACAGACCCUGGGGGUAGACAAGGGUUAUAAGACCCAGUCAUUUUACAGGAAACACUUUGACACAGAGGAGAACCGAGUCAACCAGCUAUUUGCACAAGCCAAAUCCUGCAAGGUGCUGGUGGAGAAGUGCACAGUGACUAUCCGAGACAUCCAAGAACACUUGGCCCAAGGCCACGUUGCCAUUGUGCUGGUGAAUGCAGUCCUGUUGCUGUGUGACCUGUGCUCCAGCCCAGUCAAAUACUGCUGCUUUCUCCCAAUUGGACAGAAGUGCUUCUGCAGGAGCCCCGACUACCAGGGCCACUUCAUUGUGUUGUGUGGCUACAAUGAAGCUUCAGGGAGUAUUUAUUACAACAACCCUGCCUAUGCUGAUCGAACAUGCAGCACCAGCAUCAAUAACUUUGAGGAAGCCAGAACGAGUUACGGCACAGAUGAAGACAUCCUGUUUAUUUACACAGACAGCUGACACCUGGGUCUGGUGCUUCCAGUUUGUCAUUGGCCCAGCCUGCCCAGCACCAAUAUGGGCAGCUGGCUUGUCUCAGGACUCCUGCUACAGAGACUUUGCUCCCAGACUGCAGCAGGCUUGCAAACAAGGGAUGCUUUAGAGACGCUGGUAGAGCUACAUUGCUGUCCUAUCACCAUCUUUUUAUUCUUGAUGAUGAAAUAGCCUGUGUACAUACACUAUGCUAUAUACAUACAAUGUGUAUGUAUUUAAUUUUAAUUUUGCACACUUGAGUUUAAAAUGCAAAAUCAGACUUUUUUUCCUGUUGGAUGUCAGACCCUUUUCCUUCCCAGGAAUAAAACUCCGAAACCAAAUCCAUUAAAUGUUAAUCAUCACUUGGGGGUAUUUGGAGAAAGGGUAGACACAGGAAGAAGCAACAAAUAAAGACACAUCCUUCGCCCAGAUCAUAAUGAAAUAAACUAUUUUUGAAAGUGGGCAGCAAGAGGAAGAAGUCCUUGUUGUCCAAAAGGGAUUCUACAGCAGAAGCAGAAAGGGACAUCCUUGUUGUUACGCCAUUCUUCUGAAUCUCCACAUUCAGUAAUUCACUUCUAAGUGUGUAAAAUAUAUAGCUGUGUUGGCAGCAGGCUAGAAGUGCUUUCAGAAGAUGAUUUCAGUAGGUGAAGGGGAAAGUUGUUGCAUGGUGACUGCACUGCCGCCUUGGAAGUGGUGGUGUGAAUCUGAUCACCGCAUGCCACCCACUUAUUUUCAGCCACUCUGCUUGCUUCCUCAGUGCCGUUUAUGGGGAAGGGCUGCAGAAUCCUGAAUGUACUGUGCUUCUUCUCAAUAACUUAAAUAUUCUCAAGAUAAAUUUUGAAAGAGUCCUUUGCUAACUUAGCAGUUCUAACACUGCACAAUUAAAGAUCUUUUAAACCUUUGAUUUUAAGCAUGUUUAACGGGAAGUGGGGUCAGCAUCGCUACCACUUGAACAGUCAUCAACCAGGAGACUCUGAAGAAAAGCUCCAAAGUGAAACUUGCCAAUGGCCACCCACAGGCCCAGCCUUACUGUUCUGCUUUCAAUCUGGCACUGUGCUGUCAGAACAUAUCUAGAAGCUGAUGUCAUGGCAACAGAAUGAUGCUUUAAAAUUCACUUGUGUGAGUGUGCGUGCAGUUGGCAGUAUCACCACAGGGCUAGCAAGUAGGGAGGGAAACUUCAUUCGCUUCUACAGACCUGUAAUUGGAGACUAGAACUCUAUCGCUAACCGUGUUCAUGAACUUCCAAGGCAGAGGCAGCUAGCAGUUGGAUUUUAGAACUGAAACAGGGAAACUUCUCUUAGCUGAGUUUUAGAACAGGUGCUAGCCAGAACCCACUUUCUACCUCAUCAGUACUACACUCAUGCUCAGAAGAGGCUUCCCUAAUGGUUAAAAUAAAAUAAAAUUUUCAUACAGCAUAA